UGUUUGUUUCAGAACCGCAAACCUCUUCUUCUCUCAACAUCCCAAAUCCGAGAUCUCAAUUCUUGAGAAAUAUUAUUUUUAUAACAAAAAAUAUUACAAAAUCUCCGUCCGUAUAACUCCCCCUGAUCUCUAGGGAAUAUCCGAUCUUCUUCUUAUCUAUUUGGUUUAAAUUUCUUCUUAAUUGUCUUGUAGAUAAGAUCAAUGAAACUCAUUCUCUCUUUUCACCUCAGUUUUCGGGACAUAAUUAUCCACGAGUCACAAAAGAGAAAACGUUGGGUAAGAGACUCCAUGAUCCGUUUAUGGAGGAUUCAAGGUGCAUAAUGAUCCGGGGACCAAUCAUUGUCGGUUCUGGACCGUCGGGGCUGGCCACGGCGGCAUGUUUGAAGUCGAGAGACGUCUCUAGUUUGAUUCUAGAACGUUCUAAUUGCAUUGCCUCACUAUGGCAGCUUAAAACAUAUGAUCGUCUCCGACUUCACCUACCUAAGCAUUUCUGUGAGCUUCCUUUGAUGCAUUUCCCUUCAAGCUACCCUACUUACCCUACAAAACAACAAUUCGUCCAAUACCUUGAGUCCUACGCUGAACAUUUUGGCCUAAAGCCUGUUUUUAACCAGACCGUGGAAGAUGCGAAGUUUGAUAGGCGGUGCGGGUUAUGGAGAGUGAGGACUACCGGAGGAAAGAAAGAGGAGACAACGGAGUAUGUUUCCCGGUGGCUUGUUGUGGCUACGGGGGAGAAUGCUGAGGAGGUGAUGCCGGAGAUUGAUGGUUUGGCGGAUUUUGGCGGUCCACUCCUCCACACAAGCUCCUAUAAGAGUGGCGAAAUGUUUAGAGAGAAGAAGGUUCUGGUCGUGGGAUGUGGAAACUCCGGGAUGGAAGUUUGUUUAGAUCUUUGCAACUUCAACUCUCUUCCUUCUCUUGUGGUUCGUGACUCGGUGCACGUAUUACCUCAAGAAAUGCUAGGUUUAUCGACUUUCGGGAUAUCAACGAGCCUGCUAAAGUGGUUUCCAGUGCAAGUGGUGGACCGGUUCUUGUUACACAUGUCUCGCAUGGUUCUUGGCGACACGGAUCGAUUAGGGCUAGUUCGACCAAAACUAGGCCCUCUUGAACGCAAGAUCAAGUGCGGAAAGACUCCUGUUUUGGACGUUGGAACUCUCGCCAAAAUCCGAAGUGGACACAUCAAGGUGUAUCCGGAGUUGAAACGGGUAAUGCAACAUUCGGCAGAGUUUGUUAAUGGGAGAGUGGAUAACUUUGACGCCAUUAUACUCGCUACGGGUUACAAAAGCAACGUACCCAUGUGGCUAAAGGGGUUGAACAUGUUCUGUGAGAAUGAUGGAUUUCCGCAAAAACCAUUUCCUAAUGGAUGGAAAGGCGAAAGCGGAUUGUAUGCCGUCGGUUUCACAAAGCUUGGAUUGCUUGGUGCAGCCAUUGAUGCUAAGAAAAUCGCUGAGGAUAUUGCGGUCCAACAAAAACUAUUGCCUUUUGCACGUCCUCAACAUUGUUAACCUGAGAUUCGGGCUUCGAUUUGGCAAAGUUUGGAUUCGAUUUUUUUAUUAAAAGGGAAAGAGGUAGUAGUAGUGCAUUUAUGUAAGGUUCCUAACUCUUUAAUUGUGACAUAUGGGAGUUAGAAAGCAGGGUUAGAUCAAUGUUAGGUCAAAGAUUUUUGGAUUUUUAGGAAGGAAAUAUCAGAUCAUGGUCCAUCUUUGUAUAUAUUUAUUUAGUUUUAUAAGUUCUGCUGGAUUUUUGUAAAUAAGAUAAUUGUUUCAAUAUGAUUAUUGAAGUUGAAGUAAUGAAAGCUUUAAUUCA